CGACGUGCCAACGCGGACCGCACCACGACGACCGCCGCUGACUGCCACCCGCCUUACAAGUUACGAGGAGUCGAGGCAUUGUGCGUACACACACGUACGUGCAACCAGUAUCGUCUAAACUACUAACGGUUCUUAUUUCACAUUCACUAUUUCACAGUGUAAAAUUUCACUCCACCACCGUCCACUACCAGUCUAGACACGUCAGUGGUUUGUAUUCACUAUUCAGUGCAGUGUGCACGUCGUCGGUACUCCGUUACUACUAUUUGCUCGUGUAACGCGUCAGUUUGCCACGUAUUCACGUUCUUUUUGCAAUCACCCAUAUCCAUCAAACGUUCGAUACGUGCAUAAUGGCACCUAAACAGAGGAUGAGGAUCGCCAACGAGAAGGCCAGCAAAAACAUCACGCAACGGGGCAACGUACCCAAAUCUACGAAAUCAGAGAAAAAUAAAACACCUGUUAGUCCGUGGCUGCUGGCACUAUUUUUAUUUGUUGUAUGCGGAUCUGUUAUAUUUCAACUCAUACAAAGCAUAAGAAGUGCGUGAGUGCCAAUUCUUAAUGCUACUACAGUUCAUAUUUUCAUCAACAUUCUUGCAUCUCAAAAUGUUAUUCCCUUCAAUGUAUUUUUUUUUUAAUUGUGUUAUAUUGUCUGGUACAUAAUUAUUUUCUUUAUUAUAAUUUUCUUCUUAUAUAUUUUGUUUUUUUUUUUAAAUGAAACAUCAAUUAUUGGUACCAAAAUUUGUUUUUAUUUUAAACUUAUUAUAUACCUAUCAUGCAAUUUAUACUUCAUAAUUUCUUUUGUGAAAUGUUUAAAAUUUUUGUUAUAACAGCUAACCUCAAUUUCUUUAUAAGUUAUUAAUUAUAUUUUUUUAUCAAUGCUAAUUGAAAUACUUGUAUAUAUAUAAUAAAUUGAAACUAAAUGAA